AUGGAGGUUGACGAGGUUUUUGAAAUUGAUUCUACAGAUCCUAAAAAAACUACAGAUGCUAUUCCUGAUGAAAUUUGGAAUAUGUUUCCGUCAAAAGGAACUUAUCUAAAAAACAUAAUAAAAUUCAGCGGCUAUGAGACAAUAGAUUCGGUUCUUAAACUAAAAAGCAAAGACGAGAUUGAAAAAAUGUUUUCGUUUGUCAAAACAAUGGCAGACAUUGUUGAAGAGAAAGAUGCAAUGUUUGGAAUUUUCAGCAAGUGUCCAGAAAAAGUUAUGCUUCUACCUGGUCUUGAGGUACGUAUAUUUUUAUAUAUAUUUUUUAUCAAUGUUAUACGCGGAAAAACGAGAAAAAAACCACUGGAACGCACUGUGCCUGGGGACUUGCUAUAUAUUAUCUCUUUCUUUUUUUCCUACGUAAUUGAUGAGAAUACAUAACACAAGGUAGCUCUCUGCUUUUAAAUGUACAGCGAAGAGUUAUUAUUUAUCAAAAAUAUUGCUCUUACUAUGACAACAAUGGUAUUGAUUUUUUUCUUCAAAAAUGUAUGCCAAAUUUUCAAAAUCAAAACUAUUGAAUGAUUUUGUUAUUUAUUUUCGAGAAAAAAAAGAGAUAAUAAAAUAAACGUAAAUGGUUUUCAGAUUAAUUACUGCAUGCAGCCCAAUUUUUUCAACAUGUAUGUUCAUAAAUUUUAUAGCCAGUGUUAACAAAAUUUCUUGAUGCUGUGGAGAAACUUAAGUCAGAAAGGUCAUCUAAAAAAAUCCCAAACGAUUCUGCGAAGAAAAUCACAAUGACAAAACCCACAAGCUCCUGCCCACCACUGAGUGUCAGCGAAAUACAUAAACGGAUGCUUAACUGGAUUCAUAAUCAACCAGAAGCUAAGGAAAAAUUGGCCCAAGUUGGUUUAAAACCAGUUGAUAGUUUCAAGAUUACAGUAAGUGUUCUUUUUUCAUAUCUUUAUUUUAAUUAAACAGAGGCAUUCUGAGCUUGUUAGAACUUAUGGGCUAUGGUGGUGUCUACUCUGCCUCACUCACUGUCACUGGAAUGUAUAUGUAUAUGCAUAUUCCUUCAAUUAGUAACAUUCCCAAUAUCGUUACAAAAUUAAUAAGCAUUUUAAAACAAGUUUUUUAAUUAAAGCUGAACUACUCUGGUUACAAGUAUAAUGGCCGUUAUGAGGCUAACACAUAAUUAUGUAAAAUAUUGUUACCGUUUAGGAAUUGAAAGAUUCAAGAGAUUGUCACUAUGUUUGCAAAGUUUGUCAAGUAAAAAUUGCAUUACCAACGACGAAUAAGGGAGCUGUUUCCAUAUCUAAUGCACAGAGACAUGUCACAAAACGAUGCUGGCUAAAUCCUAAUAGAAGUUACAGUCCCAUACCCCAGAAAGUUGCAAAAAUUGAUUCUUUUCUUGGAGAGAUUGUUUCUACUCACAAUGAAGAUGACUCAGGUAUAUGAAAUGAUGAGAAUUGAUGAUGAGGUCUAAUGAAAUUGUGACCAAAUAAAUGUGUUUUUUAUCCAACUGGGGUCUUUUUCUAUUUCUUCCUAAUAUGUCACUCGCGAUAUAAGUGAAACCACUUGUUUUUUAGAUAUAGAUGAAGUCCUCAACCACAGUGACAAGGAAGGAGAAAUCUCAGAAAAAUAAACAUUAUAUUCUAAACCGUGUAAUAUAUUUUGCGUUUAUUAGCGCCAUUGACAUUGACAAUGUUAUUGUCCAAAUUUGUCAACUAUUAUUUUCCUUUGUAGGAGAGUGCAAAAAACUUGCAACAGCCCGCUGGUUCUGUAGAGAUUACCGAAAACAGCGGGCUUUAAUGAAUGCGUCAGCUUUGCCUGGUCAACGAAAAAUUACAGACUAUUUUGAAAAUACGAUUUCAGAUUUUGUAGAUCAAAAUUAUCAGAUUAAAGAGAACAUUAACACACUGUGUGGUAAUAAGAAAAGUGCGUCUGUGAGGCCUAUUUUAAGAAAGAUUUUUGAAAACGCUGAACGAAAUAGCAUGAAGGAAUCUAGCAAAGGCCAUCGACAUGAUGAAACAAUUAAGAAGUUUGCAACAUCUUUGUUUUGCCUAGUAGGACGAGCCGCUUACGAAAUGGUCCAAGUAAAUAUUGGCUGCGGUUUACCGGCUGUUGCAACAUUGCACAGAACCAUUGCAUGCAAGAAAAAAAUAAAAGAAGGUGAAUUCCGUUUCGACGAGCUUGCAAACCAUUUAAAAGAAUGGAAAGCGCCGAAGUAUGUUCAUAUCCACCUGGACGAUACAAGAAUUAUAAACAAGGUAGAGUACGAUCCUGUAACUGACAGAUUUGUCGGGUUCUGUUUGCCCCUGAAAGAUGGAAUUCCUUGUGUUGAAGAAUUUGUACUGCAUACAUUUGAAGAGUUAGAAACCGUGUACAAUACAAAAACAACAGUUUCCUAUGCUCACUGCAUAGUAGCACAACCAGUUAGUUCAGAUGCACCAUCGUUUGUUCUAUUUGUGCUUGGGACCGACUCUAAGUAUAACCAUAAAGUGGUCGAGGAGCGGUGGAAGAAAAUUGAGACUGAGUUACGUAAACGAAAUAUUUUCGUUGUAUCUAGUGGAGCAGAUGGUGCAGGACCAUUUUUAAAGGCAAUG